AUGGACCAACUGCUUUCCUACCUCCCUCCGUUCGACGGUCUCCUCCCCAAGUGGCUCGCCCUGGUCUCCGUCAUCUCCGCAGCGAACAGUUUCCAGGCCUACUUCUCCGAAGCCUACACUGCACAGCUCUACAACGGCCGUCUCGCUGACGGUAGCCCGCACUCCAACGCCCUCUCCUCCCGCCUGUUCGGUACCUGGACGUUGCUCUCUGCUUUCGUGCGCUUCGCUGCUGCGUACAACAUUACGAACCCCGUGGUCUACGAUCUCGCGACGUGCACAUUUGGUCUUGCAUUGCUACACUUUGUUGGGGAAUGGUUGGGAUUCGGGAGCGCGCAGCUCAAGGGUCGGUUUGUGAGCCCGCUGAUUGUGGCCUCGAGCACCUUGACCUGGAUGUUGACGCAGAGGGAGGCGUAUCUUGGUGCUUGA